GGUUGCUCAAUUCCGUGUCAAAGCAGAACUGUAGCCAUGCUCGACGCUGUCACAGUUUUGACCAAGGGGGGUUUGGUCCUUUGGUCUAAAGCGUACACCGAUAUCCGCGGCCCGCAAAAUCCCAUUGACAGUCUAAUUCGCGACGUGCUGAUCGAGGAGAAGGCUAGCAGUGACGGAUAUGUCAAGGAUAACUGGAGAGUCAAGUGGACCUUUGCCAAUGAGCUGGGAUUGAUAUUUGUCAUAGUAUAUCAAAAGAUCCUUCAGCUCGCGUACAUUGACGAACUCUUGGAAGCUUUUAAGCGUCUGUUUUGCAAAGACUAUGCGUCCAAAAUUGCCACCCCAGACAUUCUCAACUCAUAUGACGAUUUUGAACAAAAAUUCGACACGCUAUUAGCCGCAUUGGAAGCAGACGAGCUGAAGGCCAAGAAGUCAAAGGGACCUAGAAAGUUUGAAGAUACCAAGGGAUAUCAAAACACGCUGGCGGGAUCCAAAAACACUGACAAAGACACGUCAAGUGCACAAUUAGCACCCGAAGACACCGAUAGUGAAUCGCACUCUUCCAAAUCGGUUGGAGACAGCCUGGACGAAAAGUUGAACGCGCUAGGACUGACUGGCCGACGGGGUGCCAAGGGAAAGCGGAGAGGCGGGAAAACAUCCGGAGGGUCCAGAAAUGCAAGUCAAGAGUCAUCACCGGUCGAAGGGCGAAAGUCAGUUAAGGCAUCGCGGACAUGGGUGGGUGGCGUUGCGGGAUCAACAACGUCGGGGAAUUUGGACUAUAGUGAUUCCAAGGAACCCACGUCAGUAGUUCCUUCUGGGGAUCUGGUUGGGACAGCCCUUGGAAGCCGAACAGCGGACGGUUUGUACGACGCAUUAGAAAUGGACGAGAGACCAUCCGACGAUGAGAAUGAUGAAACCACAGAAUCAACAAGCACCAAGCCAAAGGGCAUCCUUUCCUUCUUCCAGAACCUAACUAGUGCCAAAGUUCUCAAGCGAGAGGACUUGGAGCCGAUCAUGGCCAAAAUGCGCGAACACAUGGUCAACAAAAAUGUAGCAGCAGAUGUCGCAGACCACCUCUCUGAAUCUGUUCUACAAGGUCUUACUGGCCAAAAGAUUGGAGCCUUUUCAUCUCUAACAUCCGCUGUCAAAUCCCAAAUGGAAUCUGCACUUCGUCGGAUUUUGACUCCUCGCACGUCAACCGACGUACUACGCGACAUCUUCUCCGCACAGCAAUCUGGACGACCUUACACAAUCACAUUCGUGGGUGUGAACGGAGUCGGGAAGAGUACGAAUCUCUCCAAAGUGUGCUUUUGGCUCUUGCAGAAUAAUUUAAAGGUUCUGAUUGCCGCGUGUGAUACCUUCCGAUCGGGUGCUGUGGAGCAGUUACGAGUUCAUGAGAGGAACUUGAGAAUUGUGAGACCUGGUGCGAUUGUAGAGUUGUUUGAUCGGGGGUAUGGAAAGGAUCCAGCGGGGAUUGCCAAAGAUGCCAUUGCCUAUGCCAAAAACAACCAUUUCGACGUUGUUCUCAUUGACACAGCGGGCCGGAUGCAAGAUAACGAACCGCUCAUGCGGGCGCUUGCAAAGCUUGUUGCCGUUAAUAACCCAGACAAGGUCAUCUUUGUCGGUGAAGCCCUCGUAGGCAAUGAAGCCGUAGAUCAGCUGACCAAAUUCAAUCAAGCGUUGAAAGAUUUCAGUGGUCUCUCAAAUCCCAGGCAGAUUGAUGGAAUGAUCUUGACAAAGUUUGAUACCAUUGACGAUAAAGUUGGCGCGGCACUUUCCAUGACAUAUAUUACCGGACAGCCGAUCCUCUUUGUGGGAACCGGUCAGACGUACACGGAUUUGAGAAAGAUGAAUGUUAGGAGUAUAGUUAAUUCACUCCUGGCCAAAUAGGUGUAGGGGACGGCCCGUUUGGAGGGGCAGCAGGCUGUUACUUUGGACCAGAACGGUCAUAUUCCAGAUUUGAUGUUGGAUAACGUGUUGAUCGUGCGGUCCGCGAUGCAAAUAGAUGGUUUCAUUGCAGGAGAAAUACGAAAUGCUUUAUUGCAUUGCACUGUCCCACGCAACACAACACAAGAGUUAUAUUCACAAUAAUUUUUGUAUUUACCGCUUCU